CACACCGACUCAACUCCACACAACAUAUCAAACUGUGAGGGGCCAUGUCGCAGUACACUCUGGGAGUCCACCUGCAGAUUCUGCUGGCUGUGGGUCUGGCCGUGUUCUGCUACUGUCUGGUUCUCGGUUGCGUCUUUUGCUGUCGCAGGAGAAAGAGUGUUUCAUCGGAGGACAAGGAGGCAGUUUUUCUGUCUCCUCAUCCUGCUGAGAGGGUGACUGUAACAUUGACUCCAUCUCCGUGCACGCAGCCUGUUAAGCAGCAGUAUGAGGAGCUGGAUGGAGACGUGUUGGAGUUUCCGUCCUCUAAGAGCAGCUCUUCUCCCUCUAAGGAUGACGUCACUGCCCUGCCCUUUGACCCCAGCCCCACCAGAUCAACUGAGCUGGUGCAGUCUCGUGGAUCUUCUUACACAAUGCGGCGCCUCAGCUCCCCGGCUGUUCCCUGCUUACCCAGAAAACCUCAGAGUCACGGCAGAGCCUCACUGCCCACCCUCACUAAGCUGAGCCUGGUGUCCAAAUCUUGUCGGGCUAUGGGUCGGCGAAGCACAGUGAGCAGUGAGAGUUUUCUUUACAGCGAGAGCAGUGGACUGACUGCUGGAGCUGCCGCAGCCCCCACCCUGCAGGGGCUGCAUUGUCUAUCACAGUACGGCUCUAACUCUCUCUCCAUCCCCACAAAGCCGGCUCUCCUCCUGAACUUCUCCCUGCACUUCUCCUCUGCCUGCGGCACCCUGGUCGUCAGCAUCCUGGGGCUCUCAGGGGCCAGUCGGAGACGCAGUGGGGUGUUUGUUCGAGCCAGCCUCCCUCCCCUCUGCCCCUCCCCUCAGCAGACAGCCUCUAGGCGCCGCAGCCUCAGCCCAGACCCCCACAGUCAGAGCUUUGUGCUGCAGGUGGGCUCUGUGGAGGAGCUGCGCACCUGCACCCUGAGACUGGCCGUCUACAGCAGGGACUUCUCAGGCCUAAGAGAGGCUGCCCUGGGGGUGGUGGAGCUGCCCUGUGAGGAGAUGGACUGGGCGCCUAACGUCACCACCACUCACACCAGGCAGCUCAGCCCGACUAAAAGCAAGCUGAAAAAGAGUGCGAGUUCUCUAGAGGCGUUGGGCCACAGGAAGAGCUCGGUGAGUGUGCCUCGGGCUUUGGGCCAACUGUUCAUCCUGCUGCAGUACCAGACGCUGGCCCAGCGCAUCAAGGUGAUGGUCCGGAAGGCUGAGAAUCUGGCCAAGCUCACACGGAUCCCAGGAGCUCCAGACCACUACGUUGUCAUCAACCUGCGUCAGGAUGGGAAAGUUAUUGCUAGCAAGGAGACCAAAGGAGUCAGUGGACCAAGCCCUGUGUGGAACGCUCCGUUUCUGUUUGACCUGCCCCCUGGUGACAUCACUCAGUUGCCAUUGAUCCUUGAAUUCAUCAUCAUGCAGGGCCGCCUCUACACUAAGAGCAGCAUUUUGGGUUGUGUGCUGAUUGGCAGCGAUGCUUCAGAGGCGGGACAGGGACACUGGAAGGAGAUGUGCAGUCGGGGGCAAAUAGAAACGGCUCGCUGGCACGCCAUCCAAUCAGAUAUGCUAUAGGGCCGAUGAACUGACUGCUUCUCUGUUGCCUCAUGAGUUUCCCGCGGGUGGAGUUAUUGCACACAGGAAACAGGCUGUAUAUAAAGACGGACGACAUGGCAUCUCCCCAAAAGUGAAGCCAAAGCGUCUAUCGCCACCUGGUGAUGGACUGCAGUAUAAGUCCUCCAUAUUAAAUGAUGGGACAUGGAUCAAACUAAAAUGUCGAUAUUUUUUUCUGAAAGAUGAUUUCUAUAAUUUUAGUUCUUAUUAAACUGCUUAAUGUUAAAAUGUUUUGUUUUUUUCCAGUAAGUUUGGCUUUAAUUUGAUCUUUGAUGCUAUAAAAGUGGGCUGAAACGUCAUGAAUUACAGCUGACACUAUCGUGGGUGGAAGUGGAGACAUGUCGUUCAUCUUUAUUUCCAGUCUAUUGUAGUAUUAACAUGUAACUUGGAUCUAAUUGCACCCCCCCGGUUUUCAAGGUUCUUAUUUUAGUCAGUUUGUUAGCUAUGAUGUGUAUUUUUUUUUGGUUUAACUUUGGUUUAAUGUUAUUUAUAAAAAUAUGACGUGUAUUACCAUAAUUAGUGUUUUCAGGGGGUAACCAUAUCCAGAUGGUCCAUGUGUAUCUAUAGGUCUGUAGAGGAAGAAGCACUGACCACUAGAAGGUGCGAGGAGGGAUCAGCAGCAGUUUUCUCCAUAUCAACAGUAAUCUGCAUCCCUGCAUUGCCUUUGUGAUGAUUUCCACUGUGACUUCUUAAAACUGUAGUCUAUAAAGUAUACUAUUCUGGAUGUACUGGAUGCAGUCUGUUCUAAUGUUGUAGUCAUGUUUAUAUUAUGUCCAGAGGCAACACAAAUGUUAGUGUGCAAUAUAAGAUGAGUUUGUUGAGUUACAGUGCAUUUAUGUUGCCACUCUGCCUGUGGUUUGAUGUGGUGUAUUAAUGUGCCAGUAUUUGUCCGCCUCUCCUUUCUAGUAUCUUGCAUUCUCAUUCCAUGCAGAAUCAAUGUUUUAUUUUGUGCCACGACAAAAGGGAUAUAAAUGGGUCAAAACUGUUUUUUCCUCAUAUUCAGUCAAUUGAUGCCAAACCAACACACAUAGACACAUCACUGAGAAAAGAAAUAUUACUUUUUUUUAUUCUUUUUUAGACCUGAAACAAAUAUAGAGUUUCCUUCAGAGCACUACAUUGAUGUAUGUCUGGUAUCCUAAAGCAUUAAAAGGAUAUCCCACACUAAAGAUUUGGAAAAUAUAUUCAUUAUUCAUUCUUGAUUAUUAUGUGACACCCUUUAAAGCAUAACCAGAAGAGAAGUUUGGGUUUAAAAAUAUCAUGUUUUAACAUUUAUUUGGCAGGUGUCACGUAUUUUUUAAUGCUAACACUUAACAUUCUUUUUGUUUCUAGAAAUAAAUUGCUGUGUUUCUAUGUAUUGACUAUUGAACAUGUUGAUGCCUGCCUGUGGCAUGUAUUGUCUCAACUGUACAUGAAUGUCCUUGCUUAUGAGAGAGAAUCA